UUCAAAAGGCAUUAUUUCAGAGUCUGGACUCACACAUACUCAUAAUCGGCACUGGAAUCAUCAUGGCAGCAGAGGGGAAUCUUGUUUGUGGCGGUGUUAUGUUGCUCCACACUCAACGUGAAGGCAAACACUCAUAUGAAGUGAAAGGCUUUUUAAACUAUAACAAAGGAAUAUUCGCAAGCAAGGGAGAUAAACUUAUAAUGAUAAAUAACACAGAUAUGGAGGAUUUGACUCCGCGGGCAUUUGCAGAGCUCCUGGUAGCAGGAUCCCCCUUACUUACCAUACACCAUUCGCCCAUAAGAAAAACCGAAGAGUGUGAAUCUGAGGAAAUCAGUGUCCAUAAAAAGGAGCCGACAGUCAUGAGAUUCAGCCUGAUGAUGGUAAGAGAGGAAGAUCUGGAAGCCACUGGAGUUGAACCAUUGCCAGAGUGGGAAAGCAAAGACAUUGAGGAUGACUCUUUCAGUGAUGACAAACUUCUACUUGUCUCCAUGGCUGACACAAGCUUCAGUAUGGUCGUUGCUCGGGGCUGUGACCCUGACAGCCCUUGCAACAGCUGUGGAGGGAUAAAUUGCCAAUUUAACGAAGUUGUUGUCCUGCCUGCGACAGCUGAGGUUACCUUUAAUUCUUCAAGGAUUUUAAAACAGGUUAAUGAGCUAAAUAAUGUGUUCUUGAAGAGUUUCGUCAUGGAAAAGUAUGUCACUCCAGAAAAUCGGCAGAUGUUUUUGAGGGAUACCAUGUCAGCAAAAAUCACCCUCUACUAUUACACUGCCACCAUGGGCCGUGUAGGUGUUCCUGUUGUACUGAACUUCACCGACACAGAAAACUUCUUCUGCUGUACCACCAAGCAAGGUGAAGAUAAGAAGAUUUUAACACUCGUGAGCCAUAAUAAAAAGGACUUGAAAAGCAUCUGUCCUGAGGACCAAGAAAAAUGGUCUCUUGUAUUCUACAUGUCUUCUGGGCCAGACAAUCUUCGGCGUUUUGAGUCAGCUCUUUAUAGAGGAUGGUUUAUUUACACACAAAGCAUAGAUAGUAGAGUAGUGGACAUGCAUAGGGGAGAUCAGAUUGACAGUAAACAAGACCGUGCCUUCUCAUUCAUAAUUCUGAGUUAGAAAGGUUCAUGGAUUUCAAGGUCUUUAUAUUAUCGCUGGGAAGCCAGGAAUUGUCCUCAAAUUAACUUACAUUUCAAUAUACAUGUUUUGGAUGAGUUUAAAGUUAAGGUUGUCUUAGCGCAUGCAGCCUCUUCCAAAGAAUGGUAUAUUUUACUGCCAUCGCAGUAGUGAGUAGAUAUGUAUCAUACUAUUAGAUUACAUUUUUUUUUAUAAGAGCCAUCUUUUUUAUAUUCAGCUCAUUUUAAACUGAUGUUUUUAAACCAACACGUGUAAUUCAUAUUUAUUUUUAUUUCUAACUGUUCAUAGUUACUUUUUGUGCUGAAACAUUAUGCUUUUUUUAUAGUAUUGAAAAGAAAUCUUUGCAAAAUGUAAUUCCUGUAUUUAUAUUAUCAACUGUUAUUUAGGCUACAUUUGCUUGUAUAAGCUGAAAGCUACUAACAACUUUGAACUGUUGCUUUUGCUGCAUAAAUGUAUCAUUUACCAUAUUAACAUGUGUUUGUGUAUUAUUCUACACUCUC